UGCGGGGCGCUUUUCGCCCUCCGCUCCCCCGACUUCUUUUUGACUUGAAUAAGCCGGCGGCCCGGUGGAAGGGCCGGCUGGGGGCGCGCACGCGCAGUGAGUGGGCGGCGACUGCCCGCCGGGCUGCACAAUGGGGCUGCUGGUGGCGUGGACGCUGCGGGUGGCUGCCUUGUCCCAGCUGGUCCUCAGCCCGGGGAGCAGCGCCGCAGGUACAAAAUGGAAACAUUUCAUCGACCAGAUUGACAGAGCAGUGGAGGGCUACAGACCAUGUAUAAGGGAGAAUUGCAGUUGCUACCAAAGUGUUAGGGAGCAGGACUUGGCUCCCUUUCAAGGAGGCAUCUCCAAGGAGCUGCUGUCUGAUGUGGUUAGCCGGAAGCUUGGGACACACUACCAGAUCAUCAAGAACAAGUUGUACCGUGAGCAUGACUGCAUGUUCCCUGCUAGAUGUAAUGGGGUCGAACAUUUCAUUCUGGAGAUCAUUGGCCGCCUCCCGGACAUGGAGAUGGUGAUCAAUGUGCGAGAUUACCCCCAGGUCCCCAAGUGGAUGAAGCCAGUCAUCCCAGUAUUCUCCUUCAGCAAGACUUCCGAGUACCAUGAUAUCAUGUAUCCUGCCUGGACGUUUUGGGAAGGGGGACCAGCUGUUUGGCCAAUUUACCCGACAGGUCUUGGGCGCUGGGACUUAAUGAGAGAGGACCUCCGAAGAUCUGCAGAAAAAUGGCCGUGGAAGAAAAAAAUCUCCAAAGGAUAUUUUCGAGGAUCCAGAACAAGCCCUGAGAGGGAUCCCCUCAUUGUUCUGUCUCGAGAGAACCCAGAACUCGUCGAUGCUGAGUACACUAAAAACCAGGCCUGGAAAUCUGAAAAAGACACUCUUGGGAAACCGCCUGCGAAGGAAAUUCCUCUGGUCGAUCACUGCAAAUACAAAUACCUGUUUAAUUUCCGGGGGGUAGCAGCCAGUUUCCGCUUCAAACACCUCUUCUUGUGUGGCUCAUUAGUCUUUCACGUAGGGGAAGAGUGGCUGGAGUUCUUCUACCCACAGCUGAAGCCUUGGGUACAUUACAUCCCAGUCAAACCAGACCUUUCUGAUGUCAGGGAGCUGUUGCAGUUUGUGAAGGAAAAUGAUGAUCUAGCACAAGAAAUUUCAGAGAGGGGGCACCAGUUCAUCAUGGACCACUUGCAGAUGGAGGACGUCUCUUGUUACUGGGAGACUCUGCUGACUGAAUACUCUAAAGCUCUGACUUACAAAGUUAAGAGGAGGAAAAACUAUGAUGAGAUUGUCUCCAAACACUUGAAAACAGAACUUUAAAACCAUUGUGAUUCUCUUUCCAAUUCAAGGCCUGGGGCUGGUGGUCACUGAAAAUCCAAAAACUGGUGUACCUUCUGUUACUCUUCUUCCCUCAGAUUUAUUAUCUCAUACUCUAAAGCAGUGGUUCUCAACCAGGGUCCGUGGACUAUGUCUGAAGUGUCCAUGAAAGUCUUAGACUGAAAACUGACUGAACAGAAUUCAACUACAUCUCUACCCUGAUAUAACGCGACCCGAUAUAACACGAAUUCUGAUAUAAUGCGGUAAAGCAGCACCCCUGGGGGGCAGGGCUGCGCACUCCUGCGGAUCAAAACAAGUUCGAUAUAACGUGGUUUCACCUAUAAUGCAGUAAGUUUUUUUUUUGGCUCCCGAGGACAGCGUUAUAUUGAGGUAGAGAUGUAUAUAUACAGACAAUGUAUUUCCAAAGGGGUCCACACCUCCAUUCAAAAUUUCCAAAGGGGUCUGCAAAUGAAAAAGGUUUGAAAACCACUGCUGUAAAGCUACAGCAAGCAGCAUUGUUGUUACUUCAAAACAGUUUGUGUACCAUGAGAUGGAAUCAUGUUAACUAGACCCCAAACUCCUGGAGAACAGUGCUUAGAGCAGGGAACUGGCAAUCAAGAUUCCUGGGUUUUGUUACCACCCCUAUCUCUAACUCACUAUGAGCCUGAUUCAAAGUCCAUUGCAGUAAGUGGGAGUCAUCAGUGGCCUUUGGAUCAGGCCCCAGGCUCUAUGUGCCCUCAGGCUAAUCAUUUAAACACCUCUGUGCCUCCCUCCGUGUAGGUAUACUCCUGUUUGGGGCAAAUUGCCAACGUUAUUGUGAUUGUGUGAUCGCAGUUUGGGUACAAGUGUUUCCUGUCAGCAGCCGUGGUUGGGAUUUUAGGUUACUGUUAUGGGUAGGUUAGGGUUGUUGUUUUUUUAAGUCUGUAAAGCACCCAGAUGUUAACGCCAUGUUGGACACUAAAAAGUACUUUUGAACAGCUAAACUUCCUACCUCUACUGAGGGGUUUUGAUGAUGGAUGAAUGUUUUUAAAGUGCUCUCUGAUCCUGAGAUGAGAGGUGCAGUCAUAAUGCACAAUGUUCUCUGCCUUUGCUACCCUAAGGUGUAUGCCUCCCAUCCCUUGCAUUUGCCCUAAAUAAUCUCAAGGCCUUGCAUAAAGACCGCCUGUCUUUUGACCAAGGAUAGCUGGAUGGAGGUUUUAGUCUGUGCAUUCCUUUGGACACUUUUACCUUAUGUUUUAAAAAUUGGGUGGUUCUUCAAGAGAUGUUCCUGUGGUUGCUCCACUCCAGGUGUUGGUGCGUCGCUGCGCCUUCGCUCGGAGAUUUUUACAGCAGUACUCGUACCGGUCACGCAUGUGCAGAGCCUGCCCCCUCCCUCCCCUCUGCUCUGAAUGUAUCUUAAUAGUAUGUGUGCCUCCUCAGUUCCUUCUCUACCAUCUCUGGCCUGAGACGGAGCUCAGCAGACUCGUUAGAGACUUUCUCUCCCUUUGUUCAAAUUCCUUCCUGGUUAGUUAGUUUGUUACCAGUAGUACUUAGUUACCAUUUAUCAAAAUAAAUAAAUAUAUUUUU